AUGCCUAUUGCUGAGGACAUUGUAAAGGUUUUACAAGCUCUGGCUUGGAACAAGGAGCGGCGUCUUCGACAUCUUCGGAACAUUGCUGCCCGGAACAUUGUUAAUAGAAAUGGCCAUCAGCUCCUGGACACCUACUUCACGCUGCACUUGUGUAAUAAUGAGAAGAUAUUUAAAGAAUUUUAUAGAAGUGAAGUGAUUCGGAACUCCUUGAACCCAACGUGGCGGAGUCUCGAUUUUGGAAUAAUGCCGGACCGCCUGGAUACAUCUGUGUCUAGUUUUGUGGUGAAGAUAUGGGGUGGAAAGGAGGACGUCUACCAGCUGUUGAUUGAAUGGAAAGUCUGUUUAGAUGGGCUGAAAUACUUGGGCCAGCAGAUUCAUGCCCGCAACCAAAAUGAAAUAAUUUUUGGGCUGAAUGAUGGCUACUAUGGUGCUCCAUAUGAACAGAAGGGGUAUUCAAAUGCUCAGAAGAAUAUUCUUCUUCAGGUUGAUCAAAACUGUGUUCGCAAUUCUUAUGAUGUCUUCUCUCUGCUACGGCUUCAUAGAGCCCAGUGUGCAAUUAAACAGACUCAGGUAACUGUUCAGAAAAUUGGAAAGGAAAUUGAAGAAAAACUAAGACUCACAUCUACAAGCAAUGAGCUGAAAAAAGAAAGUGAGUGCCUGCAAUUGAAGAUUUUGGUGCUUCGAAAUGAACUGGAAAGACAGAAGAAAGCUUUGGGACGAGAGGUGGCUUUACUACAUAAACAACAAAUUGCACUACAGGACAAAGGAAGUGCGUUUUCAACUGAGCACCUCAAGCUUCAACUCCAGAAGGAAUCCCUAAAUGAGUUGAGGAAGGAGUGCACUGCCAAAAGAGAACUCUUUUUGAAGACUAAUGCUCAGUUGACAAUUCGUUGCAGGCAAUUACUCUCUGAGCUUUCCUACAUUUAUCCUAUUGAUUUGAAUGAGCAUAAGGAUUACUUUGUAUGCGGCGUCAAGUUACCCAAUUCUGAGGACUUCCAAGCAAAAGAUGAUGGAAGCAUUGCUGUUGCACUGGGUUACACUGCACAUUUGGUCUCCAUGAUUUCCUUUUUUCUGCAAGUGCCCCUCAGAUAUCCUAUCAUUCAUAAGGGGUCUAGAUCAACAAUCAAAGAUAAUAUCAAUGACAAGCUGACUGAAAAGGAGAGAGAGUUUCCACUGUAUCCAAAAGGCGGGGAGAAGUUGCAGUUUGAUUAUGGCGUCUAUCUUCUGAACAAGAACAUAGCACAGCUGAGAUAUCAACAUGGACUGGGGACGCCAGACUUGAGGCAGACCCUUCCAAACCUGAAAAACUUCAUGGAGCAUGGACUGAUGGUCAGGUGCGACAGACAUCACACCUCCAGUGCAAUCCCUGUUCCAAAAAGACAGAGCUCCAUAUUUGGGGGUGCAGAUGUAGGCUUCUCUGGGGGAAUCCCUUCACCUGACAAAGGACACCGAAAACGGGCCAGCUCUGAGAACGAGAGACUGCAAUACAAAACCCCUCCUCCCAGUUACAACUCCGCAUUAUCCCAGCCUGAAACCUCCAUCCCUGCGGUGGGAGAGUCCGAGAGAAAGACGGCGUCACUGUCCUCCUCCUUGGAUACCUCCUUGGACUUCUCCAAAGAAAACAAGAUGAAAGGAGUGAGUGUGGGUGACAGCUUCAAUGGAGGCCAUGUGAGUGUGAGCAUUGGCCAGGAGCGUGAUGCAGCCCUCCCUGGGCACCUGGCCACAGUAAAUGGCUCCCUCCUGCCCAGCGAGCAGGCCAGCCCCACCCCCAGCCAGCUCGCAGGUGGGUUCCACCCAGCCUCAGAGGCCGAGCUCUGCUGCACCGUGGAGCAGGCAGAAGAAGUCAUCGGGCUGGAGGCCACGGGCCUCACCCCGGGUGACCAGCUUGAGGCAUUCCACUGUAUCCCAGUGGACAGUGCCGUGGCCGUGGAGUGUGAUGAACAAGUUCUGGGAGAGUUCGAAGAAUUUUCCCGAAGGAUCUAUGCACUGAAUGAGAACGUAUCCAGCUUCCGCCGUCCACGCAGGAGUUCUGAUAAGUGAAGUGAGCACAGACAGACCGAUAGUAGGACCAAGGCAGAGCGCUGCCUAAAAUGUAGACAAAGCUGCACUCACCCUUUGUAAUAAUUAUGACACAAAAUGAAUAUUAUUGGAGGAUAUUCCUCAGAAAAACAGACCUUGGGAGUAGAGGAGGGUCUCAGGAUCAUUGUGUAUCAGUGGGCCAGACAAAGCUAGAUGUUGCUUUCAAGAUUUGCUUUUUGGGCCUGAUGGUUAUUUUAAGGCAAAAGUCAACCUCUAGUUGAAAGAGCUUAUAGCUCAAGUCACCUUUUAGGUAUUGUCUGCUUUUUAUUUACACUUCUAUGUUAUCCUCAGAAGGAAGAUGAUAAUAUAUAAGUAAUGUUAUGAACUCACAUUUAGUUUCACAUAAGCAUUUGCCUUCACCAUAGUUUACUUCAGGAGAACGGAAUCAUCAGAAAUAGAGUUCCACCAUUUACUGAAGGGUCCGCAGCCAUCAGUUAGUUUGGUGAGUAAGAAGCCCAUCUGCCCUGUCCCCAGCAACCACAGUCAACCUGUAGACCCCACUGUGACCCCGUCCUCAUGGAUAGGCGAGCAUCCCAAACGCUGAGGACACCCAUCCCCUGUCCGCCCUGGAGCAUGACAUUCCAUCUCUCCUAAUCAACCUUGACCUUCCACCUCCUCUGCCAUACCCUUGACGUAGCCCUCAAAUUAGAUGGAAACCCCCCUACACACAUAUGCUUGCCUCUGGUAGGUUCCAGAACACUCUCGAAGACCCUCAGGUUCCUGCAGUCAAAUGGCAUUCUCUUGGGGCCAGUUCCAAUGCGGACAGAUCCAGUGGUCGGAGACCAGGCAUGCUUUCUGGCAUUGCACUUACCAGACAGAACCCUGGUAUAUAAAUCCCAUGUUAAGUUAUUCAGAUUCAGUUGGAAAGAAGGAGUUGUACAUGGCAAAAUAUACGUAGAUAGUUGGGCUUUCCAGUAUGCAGACUGCAAGGCAGUCGAGAUAGUCGGGGUGAGGGACUAGGCAAGGCGUAGAGUACCAUUGGUAUGUGUGCAAUUUCAUACAUAGUAAAUUAUGGUUUUGAAGUCUAAUUGUCAUUCCUGUAUUCAGAUUUCAUUUGCUAUUGCUUUAUAUGUUAUGUACCCAAGGACAUUGCCUCAGGGUUGCAAGAUCUUUAAGGAAAAUUUAUCCAUAUAUCCAUGUAUUGUAUAGAGGAAUAAAAAUUGAGUUUACUUCAUUCGACCUGAUUUUUUUCCCCAGCUUCAAAAUCCCUCUUGAGCCCGUGUCUCCGUGUCGUGUCACGACAGCUCCAGCCUAAACAGCCGCAGCUGUGUCCGAGCAGACGCUGGGGCCUUGUCUGAGCGUACAUGUGAAGCACAGCACAGGAGACUUAAAGGCCUACUUCCCGAGGCUGCACUUGUCCACAGAACUGCUCUGCCCAGGGGCCUCAUCAUCAUUCACACUGUGUCCAGGCGCUCCUGGGCCCCAUGUUACCUUAGAGCCUUGUUACUGAAUGGAUCCGUUUGGGUAGUAUGGUCCACAUAGAGAAUGUGCAGUUACCGGGCAGUGGACAAACCCAACACUCGGGCAAAGUGAAAGCUUUAACUUGAUCUGAAGAACUCCAUCUCACUCUGUGUGAAGAGGGGGCUGCUUCAAAACCAGGAACAGAAACUCCUUCGCAGCAUACUGUCGUUCACUUAAAGGCAAAGAUGGUGGGAGAUAGAUGCUGUCUUAGAUAUAUACCAUGCAGAGGCCAAGUGACGUGGAGGAGCAUUCUCCAGUGAAGUAACAGCUACAAAAAGAGGAUGUAAAAAGACUUCUCAAGGUCAGUGUUAGUAUUGAAUGGAGAGUGAAUCCCAUGAGAUGUGUGAUUUCCCCAGAUGCAGAGGUGGCCUUUCAGGUUCAUCCCAAGUUCAAUGAGGUGCAUUCAGUUGCAGGCCCUUGGCCUGGCUCUGGCCCCACCGGGCACUACAGGGCACUCAUGAUGAAGUGUCCAUCUCAGGUCCACACAACCAGAGGGCACGUAGACCUUUGCGGUUUCAUCCAUCAGUCUCCCCUUUGUGGACUCCCUAAUGCCGGGCUUCACAGCUUUUCAGUCCCUCAGCAUGGAGCCCAACUCUUGCUCAGAGCUGAUCAAUAGUGGCCUACCCAGUGCCCUGACCCAUGCUGUCCAAUGACAUAUGUCUCAAAGCACCACUCAGGUUUGGUCUGUAGUUUGGGUUUGGGGUUUUCACUUGGGGUUAUUUGGUUGUCUCCACUUUCUGCCAUGACCUGAGGGAAUAGUAUUACAUAUCUCUUGGAAUAACUGCUCAACAUUUUCUAAAGCUGCAGAAUUAGUAUUGCCUCUGUUUAAAGUGGCCCAGGCCAAAAUGUGGGAUGAGUUAUUAUCUCCCAAUCUUUUUAAUUCG